AUUAUAAUAAAUCUCACUUCUUUCUCUACAUCCUUUUACCUACCUUUCUUAAUAAGUAUUCUAUUAUUUUAGUCACAAAAUUAAUCUUUUCUUGCCGUCAUGAAAAUUUCUCCAAACAAACCUCACUUUCUUCGACCCAUCUUGCCAGGUUUCAAGCAAGGAAUUAAAAUUCCUAUACGUUUCUUGAAGUAUUUGAAGGGACGCAACCAUGAACAUGCAAUGCUAAGAAGGGGAGGUAAGAAGUGGCAGGUGAAAGUGAACGACCGGCGAUUAGAAGAGGGUUGGGAAAAAUUCGCAGAGCAACAUGAUUUGCAAUUGGGAGAUAUAUUGGUGUUUAGACAUGAAGGAGACAUGGAAUUUGAAGUUUCGAUAUUUGAUUCAAAUGAAUGUCAGAGAGAAUAUGAAGAAGAGCAAAAGGCACAAAAUGUUGAAGAGUCUUCCCAGAAAGUUGAAUCCAAAGAGAAUAUCGGGUCUUCAAACAACUCUCUUCACCAUGCAGAAGCUGCCGCCACAAACGAGCCUUUAGGUCGUUCCCAUUUUGUAUACACUAUUAAACCAUAUUGUCUUAAAUAUAAUAUCUUGUGCCUUCCUAGACAUUUUGUUUUGGCAAACAGUCUUGCCAAAAAGAAAUGUGAUUUGAUUAUUAGAGAUGAAAGGCAAAAAUCAUGGGAUUUGCGGCUAACUACUCAUGGUUCUGAUCGAGUCGUUAUUGAAGCUGGAUGGCAUGAAUUCAGUGUGGCAAACGGAUUCAAGGAGGGUGAUGGCAUAAUGUUUGAGGUUGUCACUGACGGAGAUAAACCAAUAUGGAAAUUUCAUAAAAAUUCAAACCACAUUAAGUCAUCAAGCAAAUCAUUUCUCCAUACAGAAACUGCUACUCACAAGCCUUUUGGUCAUUCUCAUUUUGUAUGCACUGUUAGACCCUAUUACCUCUCAAAUAACAUCUUGCUCAUCCCUCAACAAUUUGCAUUGGCAAAUGGUCUCUUCAAGAUGAAGAAACGCGAUCUGAUUGUUAGAGAUGAAAGAAAGAGGUCGUGGAAUGUUAUAUUACGUUCGUAUCGUAAGUGGGUCUGUAUUAGAAAUGGAUGGAAUAAGAUCCGUGAUGCAAAUUGCUUAAAGAAGGGAGAUCGCAUAAUGUUUGAGAUUGUUACUGAUGGAGAGAAACCAAUAUGGCAAAUUCAUAGCAAAAUUUCUGAAGAAGAUGCAAGCAUCAUUGAGGUUGACUGAUAAUGAAACUGUUGGUGAUGGAAAACAAAAGGAACAGUGAAACAAUUGAAACAGUAUAUAUCUCUUUCUUAGAUAUCUCAAUUACUUUAAUUGGGUUCGCCAAUGACCUUACUAUUUUGAUCUUUUGGAACAAUUCAAUGAAUUUAGUAAAUUAUUUGCGGAUAUUCUAUUGACA